UCUCUUAUGAACUUCCCGAAAAGACAAGAGCCUUCCUCUUUCUGCCGGUCUUGUCAAAGCCUGUCCUUCCCUUAAACUCUUGGCUUUAGAAAUAAGUGCCAGAGAUGCACAUUUAAACCUUCUUGUCAAAAUGUGGCACUGGAUUCGUCUGACAAAAGAAAGUGUUUCUGAGCAGGCCCUGGUCAUAUGUCCUCACCUCUUUGGAAAAACUGAGUUUUUGGAGUUACAACUUCUGGGAAAGACUGUCUUAUAAAAUUCUCAGCAUCUGGCCUUGGUUUUUCCCAAUUUGGAGGCGUAGCUUGAGAAACUUCAGAUCUCUUUUGGUAGUUAGUCUUGUAUUCUUCUGUAUUGUUUAGAAAUUAAAUAGUAUAAGCUAGGUCACUGUGAACCUUUAUGGAGCCAAUAACCAUCCACCCCAAAAACCUAAUUUACACAAUUUUGUGUUUUUGAUCAAUUAUGGAGCACAUCACUAACAUUUCUCAGUCUGAACUUCACUCCAACUGUUCUUUGUUUACAUUCCUGUCAUUAUAGAGCAGAGUGGGCCAGAUGGGCUGUUGCUAUAGAUGGCUCAGGAAGGCUAUUUAAGUGGCCUACGUUCCCUGCCACUUUGCCCUCUAUAUUGUUGCUUCAAUGAUCAAAUGUAGCAGCCAAUAAUGAAAGGACCAAGACAUUGACAUCUCCGGCCCAUCCUCUGUUCAGAUAUCAGCCAGCAAGGCAACACCUUAAAUCAAGAAACACCUUCCUAAGAUCUACAGAGAUAUUCACAGGAACACAACACCCCAGCAAGCAAGAGUCCAAAAGUGGAAGGUUAAAGUCGGGAACCUCAAUCAGUGGCUGAUACCAUAUGAAAAACUCCCUCCUAGGCACACAGAAGACCGAGUGACUUGGAAGGCGCUGAACAGACGGUGCUCUGGCAUCACGAGAUGCAGAGCCAACCUUAAGAAAUGGGGCCACAAAGUCCACGACAUAGUUAUCUGAAUGUUUUAUGGUGAAUGGGGCUGAUUAUCGGGGUUCGCAGAACAGGACCUCCUUGGGGAGCACUGGACGCGCCUGCCUGUACUGGAACCAGACUCGGGAGCAUGCCUACAACACAGCCAAAUACUCCAAUGGCGAGUGGGGCCUGGGCAGCCACAACUAUUGCCGGAAUCCGGAUGGCGAUGUCCAGCCUUGGUGCUACAUCUCAGAGAACGAGGAAGGGAUCUACUGGAAGUACUGCGACAUCCCAACCUGCCACAUGCCUGGCUAUGUCGGUUGCUUCCUGGACUCCGGGACUCCGCCGGCACUGAGCGGAAGCAGCGGCACCUCCACCAAGCUCACGGUGCAAGUUUGCCUCAGCUUCUGCCGCAAGCGGGGUUACAAGUUUGCUGGUGUAGAAGCUGGCUAUGCCUGUUUCUGUGGCCACGAAAGCGAUGUCCGCCAUAGUCAGCCGGUGAGCGCCGUGGAGUGUGACCAAGUCUGCUUUGGCAAAUCCAGCGAACUGUGUGGAGGGGAUGGCCGGAUAGGCAUAUACAAUGUCUCCAUGGGCGCUUGUCAAGGAAACUUCAGUGACCCCUCUGGAGUGAUCUACUCUCCACAGUUCCCAGAUGACUAUGAGGCCGACAGCAACUGCACCUGGGCCUUGAGUCCCGUGGGCUGCGAUUCCGUGGAACUCACUUUCCGCAUCUUUGACAUUCACGACCCCAACGACCGCCUAGAGCUGCGGGAUGGACACAGCAACGUCUUGUUGGCCCAGUUUGAUGGGCACUGGAGGCCGGGGGCUCCCCUGCUCUUUCCCACCGACUACCUGCUCCUCUCCUUCCAGUCGGACCAGCUUAUGCAAGCUCAGGGCUUUGCCAUCUUGUACAGAGGGUUGAAAGGUUCUUCAGUGAACUUACGAACCCUUCCUGGUGAUGGAUCCCGUCUCGUCCCAACCUCCUCAGAUUGGCUGAACUCCACCUGGACCUACAGUGCCAGUGACCCUGCCAUUGGAGUCGGAGCUUGGGUGAUGUACACAGCCACAGGAACCUUCAUCUUGGCCAUUAUCCUCAUCACAUACCACCUUCGCAAGAGGACUUGCCUUUUUGUGCAGAAGAAGACGGGCAAUUCUCUGGUCCCCUUCUCCAAAGGCCCACGGAGCCGCUGCCAGUGCCUUGGCGGUGAGGCGUGGGCUGUGGCCUACCGACAUACCCGGGUGGUCAUCUGCACCACGCGUGGUGCCCCGCACCAUCGCCCUUUGCACAACAGCGGUGGUGGUGCCGGGGACGACGAAGCCUCCUCAGACUGCUCUUGCUUGUGCCACAGUUACGAGAACCUUUCUUCCACCAACCAAUCCUCGCUGAAAUCUCUCAUUUCCACCAUAUGAGGCGAGACACACCAGUUCUCAACUCCCAUCGUCAACGUUGUGAAUGCCAGCUCGCUCUCCACUUGCCAACCUCCUAGACUGGAACUUCAUCAGUUCUCAAGGGGGACCAAGACUGGGACCUUAAUAACUGCAUCCAUUCAUGAGGAAUUGCAGGGGAAGUUGGUAUAAUAGAGAUCAGGGCCCAUCACGGCACUGAUAACAACAUUCCGGAGAAAUGGAAGGUCAUUUGACAACAGUCAUACAUAGCAAUAAUCCCUUACAGACUUUAUUGGCUGCUAUGGACAAUAAAGGGGCUGGAGACUAUGGAAGUGAUGGGAGAUCACAUUGCUACAUCCUUUGGAAGGAGACAGCUCAGCUGAAAGAAGGAAGCUCCAUCAAUGAGCUGGCAUUUUGUAAAGAUUUCCUGUGCAACAAAGCCCUAACAUUGCUGGAGAGAUGCUCCAUGGAACCAUAGGAAAAUGUAAUAUUGUGUGACAGAAGAGGCACAUACUCAGUAAUGCAUGGCGUCAAUACCUCACAAAAUAAGAUUUUGUGAGAUACAAAGGUCUGGCAAUGGUGGGAUUCCCAGUUAUGGAUAAUUGGUGGACGAAAGAGAGGGAAUCCACAUGGAUGUGGCUAAUCUACAGAUAUUAAACGGUGGGCAGGGAGUGGUACAUGUAUGCUGGACCCAUCACUAGAACUUCUUUAAGAACAUUUGGGGACAAAGAGAACCUGAAGACCAUGGGACAUUGGAAGCAUUGAUGACUUGGUUCUUGGGGGCUCUAUAAACACAAGGAGGAGGGAUAGUGAAAGCCAGCCUCUUGUCUCCUGAGCCCAACAGGAAAAAAAUCAUUUUGGAACACAAAACCUUCAUUAAAUUAUUUUCAUAUCAGUGAA